AUGCGCUCCAUUGUGCUGGGCGGUUUGGAUUGGCAUGCCAUUGUGCUUGACGAGAAGACUGUGGACUUGGAAAUUUCUGUGCUGCUGAAGCCUGAGGAAGGGACCGAGCCUCCCACGAUGCAUUGGUUGCAGCAGAAGGGCAGCGGUCGCACGUUUCAGGGCCGCUUCGUGCCAGCAGAAGACCCCCGUUUCCUUCAGCAAGGUGGUAAGCUCUCCCAGCUGGAAGAAAUUAUCUUCGAGUUUGACAACAGUUACAGCUGGUGGACAGACAAACAAGUCGAGCUCAUCACCAUUCGAUCUCGCUGUGAAGCGAAUCCUCCACCUUUGCCACUGCCAGUGCUCUCGCCCUUGAGUCCGCCACCACGUGCCUCAGACCCCUCAGGAGGUGAAACUGCGGCCAAGGAAGUGCCUGAAUUGCGUGCUGCUACAGUGGUCAGCAUCGAUGAGAAGAGCGGUGCUUUGAGGUUCAUCUCGCAAUUGGAGGCCCUUCUGGCAGCAGCUGAAUCGCAGUGCCCCAAAGAGGGCCUACAGCUGGCUGGUGCAGAAGGCCUGCUGGCAGAAGUGCUGCAGCUCCGGCAGACUUGCAAGGACAUGCUGCAGCUGGACAAGGAGUCGGUCCCAAAGACAGAGGUCGGAGAGCCCUCUUCGAAAGACAAGGCGCCUGUGGUGUCACCAGUGGCGAAGGAGGCAGAUGAGGCGCAAGCCUGA